CGGCAGGUGUGUUGUUCUCAUUUACGGCCCAGCCGCUCAGCCAUUGUGCAGAUCUCACAAAGGACCCACACGUCUCCUGUGUCCCUCUGCAGCAAGAUGAACUUUCUCUGCCUGCUGUUACUUGCUCUUCCUGCCUGCUUAUCCACUCAUCUCCUUCGGAUUCCUCUGACGAAGGUUCACAGUGUUAGACGCACUCUGGCCAGUGCUGGGAAGCGUGUAGAGGAGCUCCAGGCUGGAAGUAGAGCCCUGAAGUACAAUCUGGGUUUCCCCUCCAGCAUCAGCCCCACUCCAGAGACCCUCAUGAACUACCUUGAUGCUCAGUAUUACGGUGAGAUUUCCUUUGGCACCCCACCGCAGACAUUCUCCGUAGUAUUUGACACCGGGUCCUCGAACGUCUGGGUUCCCUCUGUUCACUGCUCACUGCUCGACAUCGCCUGCUAUUUUCACAAGAAAUAUGAUUCAUCCAAGUCAAGCACAUAUGUGAAGAACGGGACUGCCUUUGCCAUCCAGUACGGGUCUGGUCGUCUCUCUGGGUAUCUUAGCCAAGACACAUGCCAGAUUGGAGGGAUAUCUGUGGAGAAGCAGGUGUUUGGGGAAGCCAUCCAGCAGCCUGGUAUCGUCUUUGUCGCUGCCAAAUUUGAUGGCAUCCUCGGCAUGGCCUAUCCCAGCAUCUCUGUGGACGGUGUGUCCCCUGUUUUCGACAACAUCAUGAAGCAGCAUAAGGUGCCCAACAAUGUCUUCUCCUUCUACCUUAACAGGAACCCCAACACUCAGCCUGGUGGGGAAUUGCUGCUAGGGGGGAGUGAUCCAGCCUACUACACAGGAAGCUUCCAGUAUCUGAAUGUCACCAAACAAGCCUACUGGCAGAUCCACAUGGACCAGCUGGUGGUUGGAAAUCAACUCACCCUCUGCAGUGGAGGCUGUGAGGCCAUAGUGGACACAGGCACGUCCCUCAUCACCGGGCCUUCCACUGAAGUCCAAGCGCUGCACAAGGUCAUUGGAGCCACACCCCUCAUAAACGGAGAGUACAUGAUUAACUGCGAGAAAGUACCCGCUCUUCCCAAGGUCUCCUUUGUCCUGGGUGGACAGUCGUACACUCUGACUGGAGAACAGUACAUUCUAAAGUUGCAGCAAAGAGGUGUGACCCUCUGCCUGAGUGGGUUCAUGGGCCUCGACAUUCCUGCCCCCGCCGGGCCCCUGUGGAUUCUGGGAGAUGUGUUCAUCGGCCAAUAUUACACCGAGUUUGACCGUGACAACAACAGGGUCGGCUUUGCCGAGGCGAAGUGAGCAAGACAGCGGCUGUACUCAAGAGCAGCUUUGGGGCAACUGGGGAAAGAGGACAAAAAAUACAAGUGUGACAUUUACUGCUUUGCCAAUGGUUAUAACAAAUUUAUCUAGACUUGCAAUUCAGUUUGACCCCCCCCAGAUUACCAGCUUCUGUCAUUGUACUGCAUACUCCUCAUAAUCGUAAUCAAAGGAGAAAAUGUACAAAUUUGAUUUAGUGUGAAAAAGCCAGAGGUUUAAAAAAUUGUUAUUAGAAACUUCCAUUUUUUUGGAUUACUGUUAUUCUAUUUUGGGCUAAUGUGGGUUAUCACAGAU